AUGCCCGUGUCUUCCCUCUGCUCGGCUAUCCUGUCCCACAUGAAGGCCAUCAGCAGCGUGGGCCCACCUCCGCCCCGCAGCGUGCCGGACUUGAAAAUGCCUAAGCACAUUGAUUAUGAUCAGUUGAAUGCAUUAAGCCACGUGGUCAGACAGCAGGACAGCCGGAGUUCUUUGAGUAUCCUGUCAGCUCACAAUGAGUUUAUAAGGCAAUAUCCUAAAAUAUUCCUGCAGAGGAAAACCAGACUCCCCAAGCUCCCCAAACAGGAGGGGAAAAGAAAACCCUCUGGGGAAACAGAAGAAAGCCAAUCCCAGCCAUCUGAGGACAACAGUCACAACAUAGCCAUCUACAUUAAAGAAGUACAUGGUGGCCAUUCAUAUGCACCCAAAAAAUUUGAAGAGAAAGUAGAAGAAUUCCUGGCUAUCCUAAAGAAAUUGCCCAUUCACAGGACUCGGGAUGAACACAACAUCGUGUGGGAGAUGCUGCAAACAAUUCCAGAUUUAACUUCUCAGCUGAGAAAAGACCAUCUGAAAACACUCAGCAGGAAUGUCAUUUCUGAAACCUGGAUAAAAGGCAGCACAGUCGUCGGCAAUGAUGGGUUUUACGUGAUACUGAAAGGCCUGGCCCAGCCGCGGACACCGAUGUACAAAAGCCUGGUGGAGGAACGCAGUUCCACAGCCACCAUCACGUCCCAGAGUUUCCACAGCUUCACGUACAGCGAGGACUUGGAACAUGCUGCGAUCGGGGAGAUGCCCAUGCCUCUGGGUGGCAACCUGCUUCGACCUUGGAGUACCUUUGGAACCCUGGAAGUUACAACUCAGAUUCAGUCGGAACCAAAGACGUACUUAGUGGUGACGGUAGAAGAUUGUGAAAUGCUUAAGAUCUCUGCAAACAAUUAUGCAAGGUUAAAAUCGGAACAAACAAAAUUUGAAAAUAAACAAAUAUUGAAAUUAAUUCAUCAGUGUCCAUAUUACAAGGAGUGGCCAACGUUAUCGAUCUGUGAGCUAGUCCCGCUUGUUAAAUGGAAAAAAUUUCCUCCAGGUCAGGUGAUUGUGGAAAGUGGGAAUGUAAUUCCUUUUGUGGCUUAUAUUAAUUCUGGACAUUGUAACAUUUAUAGAAAUAUCACAGGACUCCUGCGAAUAUCUCCAAGGAAAGUGAAGAAGAUCCGAAAGCUGGUUUACAUGGGGCAGCUGCAGAAGCAGGAGUCUUUCGGGGAGAUCAGUGUGCUCCUUCAGGCCCCUUUCACGUGCACGGUGGUCGCUGCGGAAGACUUGAAGAUGGCCGUCAUUAAGGAUAAGGACAUACUUGCAUUAGAUCCAGUGACCCGGCAACUUAUGCUCCAAACAGCUAACCCAACUUUUGGCCACCUCACAGAUGAGGAUGUAAAAAACGAAUAUUUACAAAAGGAGCUACAAAAGGAAUGGAAAAAUUUCAAGGAGAAGACAGUGAGGAACUCCUUGCAUUACAAUGGAAUUGUUCCAGGCUUUGGCAAGUGGGAACAUAACUGGACCACCGUUCCCAGGAACUUCAAGGACCCCCUCAUCGUUUACUAA